AUGAUAGCUGAUGUUGAUCUACUAGAACAACAGAAAGAGAAUAUAAAUCCAUUAAUAGGUGGUAGAUCAGCACUGAAAUUAACCAAAGUAUUCAAUGAUAAAUCAACAACAAAUUAUGAUCAACACAAGGCAAAAUUAACAUAUGAAAGAGAUCAAUUUGAAAAACUUAUAAAUGAAUCAGAAGAAUCUGAUGACCCAUUACAAUCAUAUAUAAAUUAUUUAAAUUGGAUUCAUGAUAAUUAUUCACAAGGUGCAAAUACAGAAAGUGGAUUAAUUAAUUUAUUAGAGAGGUGUACUUCAAGUUUCAGAGAUAUUUAUCAUUAUAAAAAUGAUCCAAGAUAUUUGAAAAUAUGGUUGGAAUAUACAAAUUAUUCAGAUUGUCCGCGGGAUAUAUUUGUUUAUCUAGCAAGAAAAGAAAUAGGGAAUCAAUUAGCAUUAUAUUAUGAAGAAUUUGCAAAUUAUCUUGAAUUGAAUGGUAAGAUUUCAGAUGCAGAACAAAUUUAUGAAUUAGGUAUACAAUCACAAGCAUUCCCCUUGAAUAGACUACAACGAUCAUAUUCCAAUUUCAAACAACGCAUACAAACAUUAAAUUUUUCACCAUCAAAAUCAAUACGGAAUGCAUUAAGUUUAAAAAGAGGAUCAAAUCCAAAUGAAGAAGAUCAACCAAUGUCUAAAAAAUCAAAAUUAAAUAUUUAUAAAGAUGAAGAACCACAAGAUCAAAGUAUAUUAUAUUCAAUUUUUGGUAAUGAUAUAGAUUUACAAUUGGGUUCUACUAAAUCAAGAGUGAAAGAAAAUAUAAUGAAUGCUAAAAAAUGGGCAGGUGAAAUACUAAAACAAAAAACAGAUAAAGCAAGUAAUGAGAAAAUUGAAAUAUUUCGAGAUCAACCUGAAACUAAACGAACUGUCUGUUUUGAUGAAAAUGAUAAAGCAUAUACAUUAAUUGAAUCAGUGGGGAAAAGAACAGAAAAAGUAAUGAUAAACAUGGAUUUAAUAUAUCAUGGAGAAGAAGAAAAUUGUCCUGCUGAAUUAUUAGCAAUGUCGAGAAGAAAUCAAAUCCCAGCAAUUUCUGAACCUACAUUAGUUGAAGAUGAAAAAACAUUCACAAUACCAUUAAAUGGUGAUACUACUUCAAAAAUUAAAACUCAAAAUGAACCUACAAUAACUAUGUUUUCAAAACUUGCAAAUCAUGAAGUUAUGAAUAUGUUUAAUGGAAUAGCUCAUGAUUAUAAUUUUGAAGAAGAGGAACAAAUAAAACAAGAUGAACCUACAAAUUAUGAUGGAUUCGUGACUGAGACAGUUGAAGUAAAGCAAAAUCAACAACAAGAGGAAAGAAUACCACCUACACCACCUACUGAACAAGAGGAAGAAGAAGAAGAAGAUCAUGAACAACAAAUUCAUGAACCUAGUUCUCCAUUCAUAACACAACCAGAUGAUCAACAAAUAAUAGAUCCCUUCAGUGAAUCACUCAAGAAAGAUAUACUCAAUAAAUUAUCAGUUCCAUUGACUGCUUAUCCUGGAUAUUAUGAUCGUUCAAGUAUAAAAGUAAAUCGAAUAGCCAAAUUUAAAGAAAUCACCCGCAAAAAUAAAUCAAUAAUGAAAGGAUCCCAAUCUGCAAUUAUAGAUUAUUGUGGUGAUGAUAUGUAUUGUUUAAUUCAUGAAUUAGGACAAGGUGGUUAUGGAUAUGUAUAUUUAAUAGAAACAGGAUCAAAUGGAAUUUUGAAAGCAUUGAAAAUUGAAACACCAUCAGCAAGAUGGGAAUUUUAUAUUCUACAUCAAAUACAUCGUCGAUUGAUAGACAAUUUCAAUGAUAAUAAUUAUUUCAUCCAAGCUGAAUCAUUAUAUUAUUUCGAAGAUGAAAGUUUUUUAAUUCUUGAUUAUUGUUCACAAAGUACUUUAUUAGAUGUUGUAAAUCAUUAUAAAUCAAGAGGAUCAAAUGUUGAUGAAAUAUUAAUUAUUUAUUUCACUAUUGAAUUAUUAAAAGCUGUCGAAAUAUUACAUAAUAUAGGUAUCUUACAUGGUGAUUUGAAAGCAGAUAAUGUAAUGGUAAGAUUUGAUUCAAUUGAAGAUUCAAAAUGGAGUGAACAAUUUGAUAAAUCAGGAGGAUACGGAUGGGAUAGAAAAAGCAUUAAACUAAUUGAUUUUGGAAGGGCAAUUGAUUUGACUAUAUUUCCUAAAAAUAGUAGAUUUAAAUCAAAUUUAUCGAAGGUAGAUGAACAAGACUGUCCACAGAUGAAUAAUGGUUAUUCCUGGAGUUAUGAAGCUGAUUAUUAUGGAUUAGCAAGUAUCAUACAUACUUUAUUGUUUGGAGAUUAUAUAAAGAUAAUAAAUCAAGGUGGUGUAAUUAAAUUAAAGAACUCGUUUAAACGAUAUUGGCAACAAGAUUUAUGGAAUGAAUUGUUUAAAUUACUACUUAAUCCAUAUUCACUAAAUGAAUUUUUUUAUGAACCUAAAACAAUUGAAUUACGACAAAUUAGAUUCAAAUUUGAAGAUUGGCUAGAAAGACAUUCAAAAAUGAGAUAUUUAAAGAAAACAAUAAGAGAAUUAGAAUUGGAAUUAAAUUUAAUUAAUAAAAAUAGAGUACAAUAA